AUGGCCGAUCUUGCUGAUGUAUCUAUUCUAGUGCUAGGGGCAGGAGGCCUCGGCUGUGAAAUCCUCAAGAACUUGGCCAUGCAAGGAAUACCUGACAUUCACGUCGUAGACAUGGACACUAUUGAGCUCACGAACUUGAACCGCCAGUUCCUGUUCCGAGAGUCAGACAUCGGGCAGUCUAAAGCGUUGGUUGCGGCAAGGUUUAUCAAUGAGAAAAAUAUAAUGGGCUUGGGAGGCCGUCCCGUAGUCGUUACCGCGCAUUUCCAGGACUUGACGCUUCUGGACCGCAAGUUCAUUGAGCGCUUCACUCUUAUAGUGUCAGGACUGGACUCAAUAGAGGCGCGGCGAUUCAUGAAUAUGCAGCUUGUGCGAAUAACUUUUGAAUCGCGUUUCGAAAAAUGCAUUCCAUUCAUCGAUGGUGGCAGCGAGGGCCUCAAAGGCCACUGCAAAACCAUUAUCCCAGGGUUUAGUGCAUGCUACGAAUGCUCCUUGGACACCUUGCCCGCAAAGAUAGAGUCCUAUCCACUUUGCACAGUCUCAAACAAUCCACGGCUGCCAGAGCACGUAAUAGAAUUUCUCAUGAGCGUGCAAUGGGCGCAGCAACAUCCAGACCGCGACUUCGAUUUUGACUCUAAGGAGGACCUACAAUGGCUAAUGGAUGAAGCUCACGCUCGCGCUCGACAAUUCAAUAUCGAUACUUCCAAGCUAACCCCGCAGUUUGUCCUCGGAGUUAUCAAAAAUAUUGUACCAAGUGUGGCCAGUACGAACGCCAUAAUUGCCGCUCAAUGUUGUACCGAGGUGUCAAAGCUACUCUAUAAUGAGUACGAUAUUGGCGAAGCACCCAAUUUUCUUGUCUACAAUGGUGAUGACGGCUGUUUUGCAUACAGCUUUGUUCAUGAGAGAGUCUCAACAUGUUUGGUAUGUCGCGAGUCGAUUCAGUAA